AUGACAGCAGUCGCAAAAUGUCGAGCGCCUCAACAGGUGGUUCGUCAGGGUUUCCUUUGGUGCAUGGCAGCAAUUUAUUUAUUUGCUUUCACCUCGCUAUACGUACAAAUACCAGGUACGUGGACCCUUCCAAUGUUUUUGAUAUGAUGACUUAUAACUGUUUUGUACCCACUGAUGAGAGGGUACAGUGUAUGUAGAUGUAGCAUGCUAGUGACGGUCCGCGAGUUUGUAACUGAGCGAUCGCUAAUCAAACGAUAACAACAGCAGCGAUUAAAUAUAACGUUCAGAUGUUUUUACCUAAAAUAAAAAAUCUAUAAAAUUUAAAACUUCACUUGACCAGUUUCAGUUAAGAACAUUCGAGUAAAAAUUACUGUUCCAAGUCAUUCAGGAUCUUUUACUGGAUUUUGACAUUAAAUGUUUACAGUGUAGCUACUACAGAUGUUUACCUUAUUGUUACAGGUCUUUAUGGUCAUGAUGGAAUUCUUCCUGCUAGUUACAUAUUGCAUGACUGUAAGUUCACCUUGCGUUGUUUAUGUGAGCAUAAUUCUGACCAACACACUUUUUCAUACCUUACUUUCUUGUGCAGUGCCUUCUAUUGUUUCUUUCAAGACUAACCUGACUUUUCAAGCAGAUCAGAUAUUCCAUUGAGACAGGAAUGGAAAUUGAUAAAUAUCGGAUCUCUUUUUAACAACAUUUGUCACUGGGUGUAAUGGACAAUGCUUAUUAAGGUGACAGAUGAUGAUAUUGAUGAUGAUGAUGAUGAUGAUGAUGAUGAUGAUGAUGGUGAUGAUGAUGAUUAUCAUAUGAUGGGGAAAAGAGAUGGAAUUUGUGAAGCAUAUGAUGCAAUUUCCAUUGCAUAGUAAUGUUAUAGGAAACAAGAUGUGAUUACGCUGUAAUAACUUACUUUUGAGUGACUGUUUGUUUGACUAUGUGCAAUGUACCACCGGUGUAUAUAUACUCUAUUGUACUCCAUUCAACAAAUUAUCAAUACCUUUCUGGUAAUGUAAAUUGCUAUACUUUACAUCACCUGUACCUACAGUGUACCUGUUUAAUAUUGCAGUGUCAAUAUGUACAGAUAAGAGUUCCUCUUGUGGUCAGUGGGCAGCAGCUGGAGAAUGCAAGAAAAACUAUGGAUGGAUGAUUGAGAACUGCAUGAAGUCUUGCAACAGUUGCCACAGUAAGACUUAUAUAACAUGAGCAUGGAGCUAUAAUACACAGCUGAAAUUACAGCCUCAUGCUAUGAUGGAUUUGAUAGCAUUGUUGUAUUGGCAGGAUAAGAAUUCUGUAUCUAGUUAUCCAUAAAAUUCAAAGCAGCUUUUAAUUAUUAGCCUGAUACCAGGCACAAUUUUUUUUUUACUUUCUCUGUUACAUGGUCACCAGGAUUUUAUCUAGGUUGUGGUUCAAUUUUAUCCUUGGUUUAAAUUUUAUUUUCCUUUGUUUAUGAGAAUGGUAAUGUAUGAUGAGUUUAAAACAAAGGGAAAUAAAAUUUAAAAAUGUAAACCCAGUAUAAAACUGAACCACAACAUUCACAUGUACUAAGUGAAUUGAAAAUAGAGCCUGAUCUCAAGUUAUAGCUUUAUUCCUCAUCUCUCACAAAAAAGAAACAAUACUACAACGUAGAAUAGGUGCCUUACAUCACUAUGGUAACCUUUGUUUCAAAGCCAUCAGUCAAUAAAUUCAGAAUGAAGGAUGGCUAAGUGGUUUAGAGGACAAGAUUUCCACUUUGAUUCGUCUAGUAACCUCAUGUUCAACUACUUCCUCAUAGGCUAGCCUCUAUCCUUUGAUACAUUAACCCUUAAAUUAAAUGAAAAUUUAAAAUAUUGAACCCAGUGUAAUCUCUAUAUUUCAUACUUGAUAAUAAUAAGCCAUUUGCAUGAUGGUAUCAUUUUACUACUAUGACCAGAAUCCUUCAGGGUUUUGCUUUCUCGUGGAAAUUAGGGCUUUUGUCAUUUAAUCCUCACUGGGAUUACCAAAUUUAAAAUAGCAUGGAAGGAAAAACGAAAAGGAGUCUGGUCAUAGAAGUAAAAUGACAUCAUCGUGCAGAUGGCCUAUUGUCAACUUACAAAAUGACAUCAAAAAAAAAACAACAACAACAAUAAAAAGGCAGACACGGCUGAAACCUUUUAACACUCUACUGUUGCCACCAUGUACAGCCAGGUACAGGCACUAAUAUGUUCACAUUUAAUUGACCUUUACCAUUUUGCUCCAUCCAGUCUGCAGUCCUAUUUGCACAAUUAGAGAUACAGUAAUACCAACAAAAUCUGUUGACUCUUAUUAUGCUCUUUUAGUUCUGGACACAUCUUUUACUUCACUAUUCCAGAAGACACCCACCCUUUUAUGGGUGACACCAUAUCUAGGACUAGACACACCCACUGGAAUGGAAUUCCUCUGCAUACUGGGUAUUGUACUGUCUCUUGUUUACCUUGUGUCACAGAGGUGUAGAGACUGCUUGGGUUUUCUGGCGCUGUGGUUUCUUUACUACUCUAUGUUGCCGGUGAGUUCAGCUAGAGUGAUAUUGAAAUAAUGAGAAAUCUAAAAACUUCAUAACCACUGUUGGAAUAAAAUUCUACAUUUGACAGAUGUUUUUUCAAAGGCCCAUUAGUUUCCAAUAAGGUUGCCCAGUCUUUCCUCAUUUCAACUUUGUGUCAUUAAUCUUAAUUUGUGAUUAUACUUACAGUGCAAGUAGAUCUGCCUAUAGUUUUUAAACAUGUGACAAUAAUUAUUGUUUAUCAGUUUCCCUAUGAAAGCUGACAUAAUAAGGCACGUUUGAAGAAUCAGCUACAGUUUAAUUCAUACGGGAACUUUCAAUAAGUAUUUGAAAUUAUACGAAACAUAACAGUAGUUACAAGUAAGCUGUUUUGUAAUUUUAUAUAAAUCACUGGUGAGCAAGAUUUUGGAGUUAUUUAGUGCAUCCUCUGUAGAACUUUUAAAGAUGUUAUUUUCAUAUAAUUCACUUCUAUAUUUUUGUCAGGUUGGCCAGAUUUUCAUACGCUAUCAGUGGUAAGUUGAAGCGAAUUUACAUGAUGGUCAUGUUGGAAUUCAUUUAUAGUAUAGUACUGAUGGUACGGAAGGUGCGUAAGAAAUAUAAGACGCGAUGCACACAAGGGAGUACGACACGCAUGAGGAGAGAAGGAUAGUCUUCCUGCAAGGCCUUUAAGUUUUUUUCCGCUCCCUAGAGUGGAAAAUUUCCGUUGGCUUAAUUCCAGCCUUCCGAGGAAAAAAAUCUUGUCGCUUUAGAAGAUUAACCUGACGUACAUUCUUCUCUCUCGCGGUUAGUGUCCUUGCUCUUUAAAUUUACGCCGUUUUUUUUUCACGUACCUGCCAUGCAGGUAUGCAGGUAGCUUGCGAAGAAGGACCUUGAAAGUACCGGUAAUGGGCACAGGAAAGAAGCCUGCAAGUUAUAACCUGUGUAUUAGGUGCUUGGAAGUAAUUAUGCGAUAAAAGACGGGGCGCGCAACGGAGAAACGCCCACGUCCUUCGCGUGCCCCGUUUUUUAUCGCAUGUUACUCCCAAGCGCCUGCUACACAGGUUAUACCUUGCAGGCUAAUUGUUUGCCAGAUUAAUCAUCUUCAAGUUGUUAUUUCAUUUUUUGUGUUACAUCAGGGAUGCACUAUUAUGGGAAAGUGGUUUUCUAGCAUUCCUGAUUGCUCCGUGGAAUAUUUCUUUCACUCCCUGGAAAUUAGGAAAAUGCUUCUUCCUGAAGAUAAGGCGUGUCAGGUACAUAAUAGGAAAUAAAUAAAUAAAUAACGAUAAAAAAAACAAACAAACAAACACUGACCACUACGUCACUACUACACUGUAACAGACUGAGCGCAAGGCAAAGGACUCUUCCACGAAAAUUCCAAGUGAUUUUGAUUUGUUUAAUGCUAAUAUUUGUUUUUAUUUUUAUUUUCGCAGAAAUAUUUCUAGACACCAUGACAGUAUAAUGUUAUGGCUUGUGAAGUGGCUGUUGUUCCGACUCAUGUUUGCCUCCGGUGUUGUCAAAUUAACCUACAUGGAUAAAACUUGGUGGAAUCUUACUGCUCUUAACUGGCAUUAUGAAUCACAGGUGAGAUGGAAAAGAAAGUUGCGGAACUACUAUUGAUGUGUACAGUACAAGGCCAGUCGAGUGCCUGCGUAGCUGGUGGUUUUGUCUGGCGGGCGCGCAAAUAAGCGGCGAAGCUGCGAAAGCGCGCGAACAAGCAGUGGUUUUUUCCAGCCUUGUCCUUAGGCGUUCUCUCUUGAUCCUUUGUCCGCGCGAAGUGUGGGAGAGAGCGGGCGAGAGAACCCGUUAUCGGCUUAAGUUCUCGGCGAGUAUCUCUCGGUGACGUCACAGCUCAUGGUAGAGUCCAGGAAUGACCGAUCCAAAAACGCCCGGGGACUAGGCUGGGGUUUUUCAUUUUCGUUUCUACGAGUGGUUUCCAUUCAACCGAAACGUCCGGUUCGAAUUUUCGGCAACUUUCAGGCGCGAAUGUCGGCGCGAAUGCAACAGCAUUUUUUAAAAUUUCCAAAAACAGGGAAGCCUUGCGAGGUAUGCCCAAAAUUUCGAAAAAAUUUUCCCGCAAGUUUUCUCUCCAUUCAACUUUGCUUCCAGAAAAUCUAGAAUUUUCGGUUGAAUGGUUCGCAUUUCUGAAAUUGAACAAUUUCCAGAAUUUCUGGAAACUUUUCCGGGAAAUUUCUGUACCAUUUGCCGCCGUUUCCACGUCGCCUUGUCGCCUUGUCGCCUUGUAGGUAUCACAACAACGUCAAGUGAUCAAAAAGAAGGUUCCCUUUUCUGUCACAGAGAGUUCAUGAUCUUUUUUCUAUCUGAAUGCGUAAAAAAAGUCAACGCAUGAAAGAAUUAGCCACGUAUGGUAAAGCUAACAAUGAAGAAGAAUUGCAAAUUAAUAUAAAAGAGCAAUUCUUCUUUCCGAUUCAGUUGAAUUAAGAUACAUUUCAGAAACAAAAGCAGACUGCAGGCAUGAAUCUCUUUUAUUGUUGAACCUCUUUGCGGUCAUUAUAGAAGUAUGAUGAAGAAAAUUGCAGCCCAAUAUAGAAGGUGUCUGAUUGUGGACCAGCCAUGUCCUCCCGUCGCGUAUUUGUUUCAAAAUAAAUGUUUCUGUUGAAUAUUAUGCUUAUUUAUUAGGAACCUCUAUUGAGCGGCCAACCACCAUUAAGAGGCGACUUGUCGGUUCAGCUUUAUUUGUUAUUUGUUAUCAUUGCUGUUUCAGUGUAUCCCUACACCUGUGGCCUGGUAUUUUCAGAAGCUUCCCUCUUCCUUUCACCGACUCAGCGUUGUUUUCACGUAAGUAGGAAAACGAAAUGGUAAAUAGAAAGUUACUGUUGCCACUGUGCUUAGUGUUAAACGUGCGGUAUAUGAAGAUCAUGCACUACGAAAAACAUUUCCUGCCGGUUAUUUAAGCGAAGUGUGACUAGAUGUACGUUGAGCGAGACCUCGUUCGAAACCAAUUUUUGGGAACUUAUGCAGCGACGCGACGAUUAUGAAACGUAAAAAGACAAAAGUUGUUACAAGUAAAACGACAAAUCCCAUAAUUGCGCUUCUAGCACACUUUUUGUUACAAAUUUUGUUGUAGUCGCUGCACGACUAUUAGUAUGUGUAAUCAAAUGUUGACCAGUGAAAUUAGGGAGUAAUUUCACGCGCGUUUUGUCCAAAUCCUAAUAAUUUCCCUCGCCUAAACGCGCGUGAAAUUACUCCCUAAUUUCACUCGUCAACAUUUGAUUACACAUACUAAUUUCCCAAUUAAUGACGUUGGUGGACGUGAAAACACCUCAAAGAAUUUUUUUCCUCAAUCUUGGGUGCAGUCCCUAAGUGUUUACCUCUGGCAAAAUUCGCCUUCAAACAAACGCCUUCGCCGUUGUGAAAGCUCAGUCCUACCCAUGGUAGGGACCAUUUGGAUUUUAUCGCCCCUGUUAACUAUACAUUUUGAUAUAGGAUUAGCUGACAAUGAUCUUGAUGGGAAUAAACAUGCAAAGCCACCAGCAGUGUUGGAAGAAUAAGGGAAGUAAAAUAAGUGGUCUAUUAGUAAAAUGCGUUCUGAUUGGUUAGUCUAUUAACAAUGCUAGCGUUCCGGCUUUUUGGUUGAGCUACUAACUAGGUUUUUAUUCUCGAUAUGUUUUUUACUAAAAAUUAUUCCUCACUAGUGGCCUCUGAGUCAAAGCCCAUUCAGCCUUCGGCCUCAUUUUGGCCGCGCUCGAGGAAAAAGGAUUAAAAAAGUAACUAUCGGCUUUAACUUCAGCUAAUUUAAUGAUUUUUAUUCUCGAUAGGGUUUCACCAACUGACUGGUCAUGCGCGUUUUUAACCGAAAAAACAACGUAACAGUUUUAACUAACCGUUAAUAAACGGUCUUCAUGCCCUGAUUUCACGUUUCUUCGUCAGAAAAUUAUAACGUCCAACACUGAACUCUGCUGCAAGGAAACGAACACUAUAACUACGACACUUUCUUGAAGACGUAGUCUCCUUACAAAAUUCUCAGUUCUCUUUUGACAAUAGGAUUUCUUUUAGGCUUGCAAAUUUUCUCGAUGUUUGGUAAAAAAAAAAAAUCUAAUUUUGGUAGUGACGUUUGUAGUCCUCUUUGGCUCCAUUUUUGUGAGUAUUUUAUGGACACCUGGCCAGUUUGGACAGUCUUUAUUAUUCUCGUAGCAGAGUUCACUCCUCGGGAUAUAAGUAACUUACAACGAUUAAAGAAGACGUUUUGUUGCCUUUCGUUCUUUCGUUCUGCAGAUAUGUCAUAGAGAUCGGAAUCCCUUUCCUGGCGUUUUCUCCCGUAAGGAUUCUCCGUGUAUUUGCCUACUGUAGCGAGGUAAGAAAAGCUAAAAAUCAAAUUUUUCUGCAUCAUCUCUUAUCUUUCCCCUUUCCGUGAUUUUUGGAUGUUAAAAGUUAGUUAGAUGUGAUCUUCCAGGUGAGUGAAGUUAAAGGGAUACCAGUGAUAGUCACAGAAGAAUAAAAACAAACAAACAAUCGAGCUCUAUUUAAGCACCCUAUGUUAUUAUUCAUGUCCUCCAGAGAGUCGUGCUUCACUAUCUACUAUAUAAGAAAUCUUUUAUGCGUAAAGAAUUGACAACUCAAUUAUUAAACUUAAAGAUCGAAUUUAAAAAUCAAACUGUGUGGAGGCUAUCGUCACUGUAUUUUGUAGCUAAGGGCCUUUCUUUCACUGUUUAACCCCCUUUGGUUUUUUUGCCUUUUUCCCCAAUACGCAUGCGGAGCCUGUUCCCAGCUCUCUGAUUUGUGAUCUCGCCUCUCUAUUAGUCUAUUUUAAGUUAAAUCCCUUGAGAGAAAAAGCUUUUAUUCCAGUGUCGUUUUUUAUCCAUAUUGAGUUAGUUUGCAACGUUGCUUACAACAGAGUUUCUUGUCAACGUAAUCUUACAAAUUUAAUUGCACACUUCCAAUAGUUGUAAGUAUUGAAAUUGUUGCAGAUAUUUCUUCAGCUGUUAAUUCUUCUCACUGGUAACUACAAUUUCUUCAAUCUACUGACCAUCGUUUUGUGCGUGUCAUUACUGGACGACAAGUGUAUCCUGUCCCGCAUACAAUGCUUUCUCUGUAAAAGAUGCGUUUGUUCUUGCUGCAUAAAAAGAUGUCAGCGUAAGUGGUCUAUUUGAUAAUCUUCCUCAUAGGUUCAUGUUACCCGUAAUGUCGUGUCGAGCGUGAAAGUUAACCCCUGCCUCUUCUUUUCCACUCAAAGGCCCGCAGGGUACUUAGGUUAUCAAGCACACAACGAUAAAAUGGGCUAGUUAAAGCAAAUACCGUGCUCUAGCAGGGGUAUGAUUUUUUCCAAAAAAAUGGUAUCUCGCUAAACUUUCGCAGGGUAGCCAGGUAGUCAUUUCGGAGUUUUCCUGUAUAUUAGCGCCGGCAUCAAAAACGGUUCAACACGAGCCUUACUGUACGCUUCGGUUUUGUAAUUGGUUGAAAAAUUCGCGCCAUUUUCUCAACUUAUCAAAAGCAAAUCCAAAUUGAUCACAUAUUUUCUCACGCUCGAAGCCCGCAACACGUAUUUGUUUCGAAUACGACUGGUUUUAAAAUGUGAUUGUCACCUCUUGUUGAAAUACAAUCUCGUCCCCAGGGUUCCCCGGGAACGAGGCUGGAGAGGCGGUGAUGUCGCAAAAAUAAAUUUGUGAAACUAUGGAAAAACGAGGAAAAAAAUGUUCCCAAUACUAAAAAUCAGCCUGAUUAUUUGUACGGAGUCAUCAGAACAAGCCGGUGCUUAUAUCUCCUCACCAAUUUACACUAUAGGCUGAAUGUUUUGGCAAGUGGGCUUUUUUUCUUUUAUUCUUACUUAAUAUGCUAACCAAUCCCAUAAUUUUAGGUCUAAGGAGGCUCAUUAAACAGACUAGCCGGCUUUUGUAAAUACCUGCGCCUUAAAAAUAACUCGGUUUGUUUUAAACGUGAAUUUUCUGCUCUUUUUGGCCGUUGAAAUUUUUCACUAGCAGCCAUCACUUGGACUACAUUCUUGUCAUUACGACCCUUCAACCCUCGCUAAAAAUAUUAAAAGGCUGACAAUUUGCAGGCCUCUUAGUUUGAUCGAAAGAUCAAAAGAGCUACGGCUCGUAGCAGCUGCCUAUGGCUAAAAAACUAAGAAUAGUAUUAUGUAUUAUGAAUUACGGGUAGGUAUUGAGGAAGAGAGAACUGACAAACAGAUACAAAAAGCAUCCUGCCCACCAGAGAGCGAAAGGCAAGGUAAGAAUUUUUGUUACAAAAAAGGCUGCCAGCUCAAAAGCAAGAAGUUUUGUACUAACUGAGCACACCGUUUUUGCAUCUCCCAAUGAAGACGCGAUUUACGUCAUCAUCCGAGCCACGCGAAGGUCUAGCUUUUUGCAGGGCAGAGGCAGUACCUUCAUUCCUAAGUUAUUUUAAGACCCUGAGUAUUGGCCAGGUUCCGAGCCUCGAACCAGUGACCUCAGGUAUUAUAGUCAAGCGAUCGCUACCUACUGUGUAAACCCUAACCUCGUUUUCAGUUCACGGAACGGAACAGUUGAUCAUUGCUUGCUAACAUUCUGAUCAUUUAGCAAAAGAGCCUCAUAAUCAUAAUCGUAUUAUGUUCGCUGACAAGAAUCAGCGAUAUACUAAACUUUCUUUCUGUUCAUUUUGGCAGAGGACGUUUCAACAACGUCGCAGUUGAUGGAACACGUGCUGAACUGGAUGAGCACGCAUAUUGAAAAUUCCAAAUUCGCACAAGCCAAAGAAUUUCUACACAACCGAACUGUCUACAGGAUCAAGCUGGCAGGCAUCCUGUUAUCAACCCUUACCGUGCUGAUAACUAUGAUUGUCUGCACCGUCAAGUGGUUUAAUAUCAAGUUGACCAAAGAGGGAACAAUUCAUUGUGAAACAGGUAUUAACUGUCUACAAAGUAACAGGAGACUACAGCUUUCUUUUAUAUUCUUGAGCGAGCAGGAGAAAAGGAGGCUGUGCCUGAAUCGAGUCAGGCCUUUGAAGUCGCCACAGCCCAAACUUCUAGACUAGUCAAUCUUAUUUUCUCUCUCGUCAAACGAGUUUCCCUGAGCAAGCAUCCAUUUACUGAUGACCACGGGUAGUUAUAACUCAAUGCGCUGCACCAAGCGCAUGGCUGUUAGGCCCGGGUUGGAAACUAUUUCCCAGCAACAAGCAGCACAUGCAUAACGAUCUUACUUGACGCAUGGAUGCAGAGUCUUUCUUGAGUACGCCAAAUCGAGCAAGUGAAAGAAAGGUUCUGUUAGUAGAAUUUAACAAAGGUACUGAGGCGAAACUGGAGUCAAAAGGCCUUCGCCUGAAAAAUUGCCCCUCUUGUUGAAGGAGUUUAAAAAGUCGUGUAAGAGCGGAAGUUUUGUCCUUGGAGAGGCCUUAUGCUCCACUUUACAAAAUUAAUGUGGUGCUUUUGUGCAGAAGAUACCAUUACGAGGUGUUAUCUAAUGAACUCCUCAAAAGAGUUGCCUGGUUUUUGAAGGUUAAAUAUUAUUUUGUGUUUGUUUGUGGUAAGCGACCAACUGAAUGAAUAGUUGUCUUAGAAGAGGUAUCUGCGUGCCAAACUAUCUUCUAAUGAAAGGUAAAAAACGAUGAGAUUUAACACACUCCUCUCUUGUUUACCCAAGUGUGUUCAUCGUUCUUGCUGCUACUCAAACCCAUUGAAUAUUCAUGAUCCCUCGUGAUGACGUGAUUAGCAUUAUAUUAUAUAAAACCACGUUAGUUAAUACAAGCUGGAGAGAAGGUCGCCCCUCCCACCCAGCCCCUCCUGUUCUGCUGACUUAUAAGCACCCCACGCUACUCCUCCAUCGUUUUCUCGACAGGGAGGGGCUACCCAUACCUUAAUGCUAACAAAGCAACUGGAGGGAUAUUGAACUGUUUUCGCUACAGGACAACCUUCAGACGACACGUCUCUCAUCUGCUGUUUAUCAUGCCUUUUUUUUCCACAGCAUUUUCUCCUGAACAACUGCUAAACGCAGUUCAACUUGCCACUCAGUUUGCAAUAUGGAUGGGUUUUCUGUCUCUUAUGGUUGAAAUACUUGGUGCAUUAACCAGGUAAAUCCCAUCUCAUUUUGGUGCGGAGUUUCCGAAGCCCGUCACACUUAUUAGUGCGGCUGAUUCCUGAAUGGAGGUAGCCUGCGAGCAAGCUUAUAAAUUAUGCAUCAAUUAUGGCGAGCCAAACGAGCCGCGAGAGAACGCGGAAGCGAGCGGCGAAGCCGCAAGGGGCGGCACAAGCGUAAAUUCUCACAUUCCCCCAAAUGCAUGGAGAGCUUGCCCGCAGCCUAGAAUGGAGGGACGCCUAAACGGGGAAUAAUCCUGAAACGCUGAGGUUGACAAACAUUGAUGCGAUCAUCACCUGAAAUUUAAGCCACAAAGUCUGAAAAGUGGAAGAAAAUUUAAUCGCUAUAACUGCUUUCGUUUUCUGGUUGUCGGCGCGAUUCAUAUCAGUAAACAAAAAGUGUGACCAUUUAAUAACAUAACAACAUUACAUAACUUUAAUAUUUAUAUAGCGCAAAAUACAUGGGUAUAUGAUCUAAUGCGCUUUACAUUACAAUGCAAAGAACAAUGUUUCAGGUUUUCCUUCGUGUUUUGUUUUAAACUUUUGUAAAAAGUUUUUCCCUCUCUUUUCUAUUUUCGCUUGUUAUUAAGUGAUUGCUGUUUUGUAGGUGUUUGUUGGAGCAAUGUUGUACACGAUCAAAGUUGUGCCAGCUGUCUCAAGGGCUGGGUUUCUCCAUCGUCGCUUUGUUGAUGUUUGCUGUUAGUUUGGUAAGUAAGGGUAUAACAACUAAAUACCUGCUUAGCUUCAUGUUUCGUCAUAUUCUUGCUAUAUCAGAGAUUAUUUUGGGCUAUGCUGCAUUGUUUCUGAUCAAAACUGAUUACGAGAAAUAAAGAGUCGUUUAAAACGUGGAUUUUGGACGCAAAAGUGGACAACAAUCGAUAGACAAUUUGACCAAUGAGAGUAGAUAUGUAACUAAAUGCUUAGCUUUUGCAGAUACCUCAAGCUUUCUACUUCGUACAUUUAAAAAGACCUUGCAGUUCAACUUUCCCUCUAUGUUUAUCCAGAAAAAGACUGAUUCGUACAGUGUGGUAAUAAAUGGUAAAACUUCCUUCUUUGUUUAUUGACUGCGUGAAAAAUCCUUUGUUUUUAAAACCUCAACUACAGUGACCACAUUCAACAGUUUCAUGAGUUAAUAACAUUAUAUUGAGAUUUGAUGUAUUUAAGGCGCUUACUGUGAAACAUUUUCUUAUUGCAAAUGCAGUACUCCUUUACAGCGGUCGACCGUGUUGUUCAGCGGAGCCUUCCUAAGCUGUUUGUUAAUCUGUAUGGCGAUACUGCCUACUUAGAGCUCACGAAUGCAUACGGACUGUUCAGAAGGUGUGUACUUAGAUUACAUUUAAGCCUACUAGGUAUCCAGCGGUCCCAUCCUGCCUGUGUAGCAGACGCAAAAAAGGGAAUGGAAAGGGGAAUAAAAGAGCGAAAUGUGAAAGGAAAGGAAGUCCCUUUCCUUCUCGUCUCAUUCCACUCUCCCUUUUUCCCUUACCCCCACUCCUCCUCCAAGCAGACAAGUCCCAACAAGCUUAUUCGGAGGCUCUCUUUAUCUACCUUAGAGGUAAGACUGACGCAAGAAAUCAAGAGAAUUCAGAGAACUGCUGUCCUACCCAUCGUUUAGAUCCAUAAACAGCAGCAGGAGGGACACUCAAAAAGGUCACAGUGUCUUAGUUAAUUGAACGACCAACGAGUUAAUCUCUUUUUAUGAUUUAACUAUGUUUCAACGAUGUUUCAGCAAUGAGGGCAAACGAUUCCCAACAGUGAAUAGGCACUAAAUUCUAGGCAUGCGCAGUUGCAAAUUUAUUGGUAAAUAUGUGUGAUUACUGUUUUAGUAUGACUGGUGUUGGUGGGCGACCGGAAAUUAUAAUCAUAGGAAGCAAUUCAAUGGAGGGACCCUGGGAGGUAAGAUACAGGCCAGGGGACAUUAUUGCAUUUGGCGAAGUACAUAGCCUGAUAAAACAGCCAGCAUUUCGCAACGCCACCACUGUUUCUCCUAACCCUAAGGUCUGAGCAAAGAGGGCAAAAACUCCAUACUGAUGACGCGCCACAACCCAGAUCUGAGUAGUGUUUCUAACCAAUCAGAAGAACUACCUAAAUCUGGGAAACGACGCGUCAUCAGUAUGGAAUUUCUGCGCUCGUUUCUCAGACGUUAUUUCACGUGGAAACCAGUGGUGGUGUCGUGAAAUGUCGGCUGUUUUAUCAGGCUACGUAAUACAUCACACUAUAAAAUCACCGCCGUACAGUACUGAGUCAGAUAGGAAGAGAAACGUCCUGAAUGAAAAAACGCGUUGAGUUACCACAAAGUUAAAGGGGUUAUGUCACGUUACUUGCAAUCUUUUUUAAAAACCUGUCUCGCAUCAGUUUAAUUUGCAAAAUAAUGUUAUAAUUUUGUUAUUUAAGACUUGCCAUUGAAACUGUUUCCUGUCGUCUUCUGCAAAGGAUGGCAAGGACGGAAAUGGAUUGCAACGUGAAAAUGCCUGCAAAACUAACCGGAAAAUUAUUGCAGUUACUGCCCCCUCGCCCCCUUAUGAAAUUUGUUUGGUAUCUACUUUAUAACUCUACACGGGCAUUUUGUGUAUGGGUUAAGUUACUAGGUAAUGACUUGAGUACAAAAUUAUCCUAAAACGGUAAUAUCGUGACAUACAUAGUUCCUUUAAGACAGAAAGUGACAAGAGAAGAACUUUUCGGUCCAAGUUAAUAUAAGCAAUUUACCGUUCUAAGUCAUUUUAUUUUAUGUGGCAGGAAUACAACUUUCUUUAUAAGCCUGGGAAUAUUUAUCAGCCACCACCCUUUGUUGGUGAGUAUUACUACAAGACGUUUACUUUCAUAAGCAAGCUUUGCUGUCAUGUGGAUCAACGUAAACUAAAACAACCAUAAUCCAGAGCUUUUAGACAUCAACGAAGGUUAAUUGACCACUCCAGAAAAUACCAUAACAUACCAUAAUGCUCUUUGUUUGUCACCCCAAAAUUUUGUAUAAGCAUUGUUUUCAGUUUCUCUUGGGGCCAUUUUAACUCCCAAGAGAAACAGAAGACAAUGCUUAUGCAAAAUUUUGGAGUGACCAACAAAGACCAUUAUGUUAUGUUGUGGUAUUUUCAGGAGUGGUCAAUAGCAAGGCGGAGAAUGAAAAUGAAUGGAAUUAUGUUUUCUCACGCUUAGUGAUAAUGAAGGUUUCCAGUUUUUUCUAUGUUUGACGUUCUUUUUAUCUGUUUCCUAAAUUUCACGCUAGUGAUAUGGUUUUUCCGAGUCUAAAUAUCUUGACAUAAGUUACAAUGCUUUUUGCCCUUUUAUAAUUUCUCGUGCUUUGCACUGGCGCCAUGUCUUUAGUUAUCUAAGACUCUAAUUACAAUAUGACGUUUCCUGUGAUGAAUACUAGUUACCCAUUUCCUUCUGUGUGGUAACUAGUUCAUGUUCUUCGAUCCCUCGAUAUUUAUCGUACAACGUAUGCGUCGCAUCCAUCUGCUUCCUCCAAUCCUCGUAUUGACCUGCUCCUGGCGUGGUUACAUACUUUCACGCACUGGUCAACACUUUCUUGUGCCACUUACUGUUAGAUAUUUCCCGCGCUUCUGUUGGGUGUGUCAAUGGUUAAUUUAUGACGUUUGAGCCUCGUUUUGAGUAUUUCUGUGGAAUCCUGAUUGAGUAUUUCUAUGAAUCUAUAAUUACAAAGUUUGGUUUAUUUAUGUUCUAUUUCAGCGCCUCAUCAGCCUCGCUUGGACUGGCAAUUAUGGUUCGCUGCUUUGGAAUCCUACACUGAAAAUCCUUGGUUUCUAAGUUUCAUCCAUAAGUUGUUGUUAGGAAAACAAGAGGUAUUACAGCUCAUGGGUAAAGUUCCUUUCAACAGGUCCCUCCCUCCUCAGUUUAUCCGUGCUCAGCUGUAUAUGUAUCAUUACACACAAAAUACUUCCAGCAUAUGGCAAGUACUUCUACAUCCUAGGUAAGGUGCCGCAAUGCAAUUAUCUGGAAUAGUGCGCUCUAUUUACAUAAGUGACUAUCAGGCUAUAUUUUAUGGUUUGAUUGUUACAACAAUCGCAAGCGCGCUUUUUUUUUCUUUUCUUUAAGGUGGCCCGAACCUGUUUAUAUGCGUGUAGGGUAUGUUUUUGAUCCGCGUUUUUUAGAAUGAACGAGUCAACCGAUUUCUAUUAUUUUUCGCAUCCUUAAUAAAUAAUGAUGGAACUUUAAGAAAAUGUCAUUUAUUUUUUUGUAGGAUGAAACAUUUUUUAGAUAACGGCAUUUAUUUAAAACCUCAUUUAUGGAAACAGAUUCGAAAUUCCUUGGCAUAUUUUUCCCUAACUUCAGCAAAUAAGCCUCAGACCUCUCUAGUUUUAUAUCUGCAAGUUUGAAGGCAAUCGCUCCACAAAAUGUUGGUCAAAUUUAAUGUUAAACUGAUAGGCCAACACAUUUGUGAACGUAAACGCACAAAUGGCGGAAGAGAGCUGACAAACUACCUCUCAUCUGAAACGUUGUUCUUACCCAAAGCAUUGUUGGAAGAAAUUGAGUAAUCAGACAACUACGGCGAACACAGUAAGCGCUUCAAUACAACCAUUUUUCUGCUACGUGCGUGCUGAAAUUAAAUAUAUUCUAUUUAUCUAACUUACUCUGCAUUUGUCCGUUCAUGUUCGACAAAAAUGUUAAGAAAAAAAAUACAGCACCUGCAGAAACCUCUUGGCAGUUUGUUUUAGCUCCAAAGGCUCUAGUUCUAAGGCGAAAUAAACCCACUAGUUCAAGAACACCUAGCCGUCCAAUUUUCAACUGCAAUGAAAACCCUCGCUCACGAUAAUAUAUUCAAGAUCUCUGGCUUUCCUAUCACAUGCACACGGGCAGCAUGCCACUUGAGGAUAAUAAUUAUUAUUCACAUAUGGAAGGAAAUCGCCAAGGAAAUCUAUUUCCUAUCAAAUUGGUAAUUUGUGGCAUGAUUUGCCCUUGUUUUGUUAUAAACCUUUUCCCAUGAUUAUAUCAGCCAUUAUAUAACACAACCUUUUUUGCUAAUGAUAUAUGAAAUAAAUCAUAUAUGAACUGCGGAAAUGAAAUGAAAGUGAAGAAAUGAUCGUCGCAAUGAACCCAAUUUAUGCAAUUGCGUAAAGAAGCCUAAAAAAAAUUCAGGACUUCAACGGGGUUUGCACUCGUGACCUUGCGAUUACCGGUGCGAUGCUCUACCAACUGAGCUAUGAAGCCACUGACGUUGGGGGCAGAUCAAUAGACCUUUUUACCGAUACGGCGGCCAUUUUGAAUUAAUUCAGUUUAAGGAGUAUUAUAGGAUGCCCAGGGGGCAUGAGCACAUUUCCUUUGUAUUUUCGAGCGCUUUUCGGGACAUUUUUUCGUAAAGUUUUCUUAGAAUAAGGUUGUAAUGGGAAAAAAGAUCAUUUUGCCGUGUUUGGAUGUAAUAAUUAUUGCCGUUUUCUUGUUUAGUAUUAGAAAUAUGGUCUUUCACGGUAUCUUUCCCGGGAAAAAGGCGAUCAUUAUUACAUCCAAACACGGCACAAGGAUCUUUUUUUCCAUUAGAAUCUUAUUCUAAAAAAACUUAAAGAAAAAAUGUCCCAAAAAGCGCUCGAAAAUGCAAACGAAAUGUGCUCAUGCCCCAUGGGAAUCCUAUAAUGCUCCUUAAAUCAAAUUAAUUCAAUAUGGCCGCCGUAUCGGUAAACAGGUCUAUUGUGAACUAGAUUUCUGGACGGAUUUUAAUGAUUGUCGGCACAGGCUACAUUUUCGCGGUUUAAGCUAGCGUGCGAAAAGUAGCCUCUGCCGAAAAUCAUUAAAAUCUGUCCAGAACUCUAGACGAAUAGAUUAAAAUAUCGUGUUUUUCAAACCUAAGAGCGCGCUUAUCAUGGGCGUAACAAUCAAAACUAAGCGCACGCUUAUCACUGGCAUAACAAUCAAAACUAAGAGCGCGUUUAUCACUGGCGUAACAAUCAAACCUAAGAGCAGGCUAAUCUCUGGCAUAACAAUCAAACCUAAGCGCGUGCUUGUCACUAGCGUAACAAUCAAACCUAAAAGCGCGCUUAUCACUGGCGUAACAAUCAAACCUAAGAGCGGGCUAAUUCCUGGCAUAACAAUCAAACCUAAGAGCGUGCUGAUCACUGGCAUAACAAUCAAACCCAAGAGCGUGUCUUAUCACUCGCAUAACAAUCAAAACUAAGAGCGGUCUUUUCUCUGGCAUAACAAUCAAACCUAAAAACGCGCUUAUCACUGGCAUAACAAUCAAAGCUAUGAGCGCGCUUAUCACUGGCAUAACAAUCAAAGCUAAGAGCGCGCUUAUCACUGGCAUAACAAUCAAACCUAAGAGCGUGCUUAUCACUCGCAUAACAAUCAAACCUAAGAGCGUGCUUAUCACUGGCAUAACAAUCAAACCUAAGGGCGCGCUUAUCACUGGCAUAACAAUCAAACCUAAGAGCGUGCUUAUCACUGGCAUAACAAUCAAACCUAAGAUCGCGCUUAUCACUGGCAUAACAAUCAAACCUAAGAGCGCGCUUAUCACUGGCAUAACAAACAAACCUAAGAGCGUGCUUAUCACUGGCAUAACAAUCAAACCUAAGAGCAUGCUUAUCACUAGCGUAACAAUCAAACCUAAAAGCGCGCUUAUCACUGGCGUAACAAUCAAACCUAAGAGUGGGCUUAUCCCUGGCAUAACAAUCAAACCUAAGAGCGUGCUUAUCACUGGCAUAACAAUCAAACCUAAGAGCGUGCUUAUCACUCGCAUAACAAUCAAAACUAAGAGCGGGCUUAUCCCUGGCAUAACAAUCAAACCUAAAAACGCGCUUAUCACUGGCAUAACAAUCAAAGCUAAGAGCGCGCUUAUCACUGGCAUAACAAUCAAACCUAAGAGCGCGCUUAUCACUGGCAUAACAAUCAAACCUAAGAGCGUGCUUAUCACUGGCAUAACAAUCAAACCUAAGAGCGCGCUUAUCACUGGCAUAACAAUCAAACCUAAGAGCGCGCUUAUCACUGGCAUAACAAUCAAACCUAAGAGCGCGCUUAUCACUGGCAUAACAAUCAAACCUAAGAGCGUGCUUAUCACUGGCAUAACAAUCAAACCUAAGAGCGCGCUUAUCACUGGCAUAACAAUCAAACCUAAGAGCGUGCUUAUCACUGGCAUAACAAUCAAACCUAAGAGCGCGCUUAUCACUGGCAUAACAAUCAAACCUAAGACUUAUCAUCAUAACAAUCAAACCUAAGAGCGCGCUUAUCACUGGCAUAACAAUCAAACCUAAGAGCGCGCUUAUCACUGGCAUAACAAUCAAACCUAAGAGCGCGCUUAUCACUGGCAUAACAAUCAAAGCUAAGAGCGCGCUUAUCACUGGCAUAACAAUCAAACCUAAGAGCGCGCUUAUCACUGGCAUAACAAUCAAACCUAAGAGCGCGCUUAUCACUGGCAUAACAAUCAAAGCUAAGAGCGCGCUUAUCACUGGCAUAACAAUCAAAGCUAAGAGCGCGCUUAUCACUGGCGUAACAAUCAAACCUAAGAGCGCGCUUAUCACUGGCAUAACAAUCAAACCUAAGAGCGCGCUUAUCACUGGCAUAACAAUCAAACCUAAGAGCGCGCUUAUCACUGGCAUAACAAUCAAACCUAAGAGCGCGCUUAUCACUGGCAUAACAAUCAAACCUAAGAGCGCGCUUAUCACUGGCGUAACAAUCAAACCUAAGAGCGGGCUUAACCCUGGAGUAACAAUCAAAGCUAAGAGCGCACUUAUCACUGGCAUAACAAUCAAACCUAAGAGCGUGCUUAUCAUUGGCAUAACAAUCAAAGCAAAGAGCGCGCUUAUCACUGGCAUAACAAUCAAAGCUAAGAGCGCGUUUAUCACUGGCGUAGCAAUCAAACCUAAGAGCAGGCUAAUCUCUGGCAUAACGAUCAAACCUAAGCGCGUGCUUGUCACUAGCGUAACAAUCAAACCUAAAAGCGCGCUUAUCACUGGCGUAACAAUCAAACCUAAGAGCGUGCUGAUCACUGGCAUAACAAUCAAACCCAAGAGCGUGUCUUAUCACUCGCAUAACAAUCAAAACUAAGAGCGGUCUUUUCUCUGGCAUAACAAUCAAACCUAAGAGCGCUUUCACUGGCAUAACAAUCAAACCUAAAGCGUGCUUAUCACUGGCAUAACAAUCAAAUCCUAAGAGCGAGCGCUUAUCACUGGCAUAACAAUCAAAGCUAAGAGCGCGCUUAUCACUGGCAUAACAAUCAAACCUAAGAGCGUGCUUAUCACUGGCAUAACAAUCAAACCUAAGAGCGUGCUUAUCACUGGCAUAACAAUCAAUCAAACCUAAGGGCGACUUAUCACUGGCAUAACAAUCAAACCGCUUUCACUGGCAUAACAAUCAAAACCUAAGAGCGCGCUUAUCACUGCAAUAACAAUCAAAGCUAAGAGCGCGCUUAUCACUGGCAUAACAAUCAAACCUAAGAGCGCGCUUAUCACUGGCGUAACAAUCAAACCUAAGAGCGCGCUUAUCACUGGCAUAACAAUCAAACCUAAGAGCGCCCUUAUCACUGGCAUAACAAUCAAUCCUAAGAGCGCGCUUAUCACUGGCAUAACAAUCAAACCUAAGAGCGCACUUAUCACUGGCAUAACAAUCAAACUUAAGAGCGCACUUAUCACUGGCAUAACAAUCAAUCCUAAGAGCGCCCUUAUCACUGGCAUAACAAUCAAUCCUAAGAGCGUGCUUAUCACUGGCAUAACAAUCAAUCCUAAGAGCGCACUUAUCACUGGCGUAACAAUCAAUCCUAAGAGCGCACUUAUCACUGGCAUAACAAUCAAACCUAAGAGCGCCCUUAUCACUGGCAUAACAAUCAAUCCUAAGAGCGUGCUUAUCACUGGCAUAACAAUCAAACCUAAGAGCGCGCUUAUCACUGGCAUAAGAAUCAAACCUAACAGCGUGCUUAUCACUGGCAUAAGAAUCAAAGCUAGGAGCGUGCUUAUCACUGGCAUAACAAUCAAACCUAAGAGCGGUCUUAUCACUGGCUAACAAUCAAACCUAAAUCACUGGCAUAACAAUCAAAAUCCUAAGAGCGCACUUAUCACUUAUCACUGGCAUAACAAUCAAACUUAAGAGCGCGCUUAUCACUGGCAUAACAAUCAAUCCUAAGAGCGCCCUUAUCACUGGCAUAACAAUCAAUCCUAAGAGCGCACUUAUCACUGGCAUAACAAUCAAACCUAAGAGCGCACUUAUCACUGGCAUAACAAUCAAUCCUAAGAGCGCCCUUAUCACUGGCGUAACAAUCAAUCCUAAGAGCGCCCUUAUCACUGGCAUAACAAUCAAACCUAAGAGCGCACUUAUCACUGGCAUAACAAUCAAUCCUAAGAGCGCACUUAUCACUGGCAUAACAAUCAAACUUAAGAGCGCCCUUAUCACUGGCAUAACAAUCAAACCUAAGAGCGCCCUUAUCACUGGCAUAACAAUCAAACCUAAGAGCGCACUUAUCACUGGCAUAACAAUCAAACCUAAGAGCGCACUUAUCACUGGCAUAACAAUCAAACCUAAGAGCGCCCUUAUCACUGGCAUAACAAUCAAACCUAAGAGCGCGCUUAUCACUGGCGUAACAAUCAAACCUAAGAGCGCGCUUAUCACUGGCAUAACAAUCAAAACUAAGAGCGGACUUAUCUCUGGCAUAACAAUCAAACCUAAAAGAGUGCUUAUUACUGGCAUAACAAUCAAAGCUAAGAGCGCCCUUAUCACUGGCAUAACAAUCAAAGCUAAGAGCGCCCUUAUCACUGGCAUAACAAUCAAACCUAAGAGCGUGCUUAUCACUGGCAUAACAAUCAAACCUAAGAGCGCGCUUAUCACUGGCAUAACAAUCAAACCUAAGAGCGCGCUUAUCACUGGCAUAACAAUCAAACCUAAGAGCGUGCUUAUCACUGGCAUAACAAUCAAACCUAAGAGCGCGCUUAUCACUGGCAUAACAAUCAAAACUAAGAGCGCGCUUAUCACUGGCAUAACAAUCAAACCUAAGAGCGUGCUUAUCACUGGCAUAACAAUCAAACCUAAGAGCGCGCUUAUCACUGGCAUAACAAUCAAACCUAAGAGCGCGCUUAUCACUGGCAUAACAAUCAAACCUAAGAGCGUGCUUAUCACUGGCAUAACAAUCAAACCUAAGAGCGUGCUUAUCACUGGCAUAACAAUCAAACCUAAGAGCGCGCUUAUCACUGGCAUAACAAUCAAACCUAAGAGCGCGCUUAUCACUGGCAUAACAAUCAAACCUAAGAGCGCGCUUAUCACUGGCAUAACAAUCAAACCUAAGAGCGCGCUUAUCACUGGCAUAACAAUCAAACCUAAGAGCGCGCUUAUCACUGGCAUAACAAUCAAACCUAAGAGCGCGCUUAUCACUGGCAUAACAAUCAAACCUAAGAGCGCGCUUAUCACUUAUCACUGGGCUUAAUAACAAUCAAACCUAAGAGCGCGCUUAUCACUAACAAUCAAAACAAUCAAACCUAAAUGCUUAUCACUGGCAUAACAAUCAAACCUAAGAGCGCGCUUAUCACUGGCAUAACAAUCAAACCUAAGAGCGCGCUUAUCACUGGCAUAACAAUCAAACCUAAGAGCGCGCUUAUCACUGGCAUAACAAUCAAAGCUAAGAGCGCGCUUAUCACUGGCAUAACAAUCAAACCUAAGAGCGCGCUUAUCACUGGCAUAACAAUCAAACCUAAGAGCGCGCUUAUCACUGGCAUAACAAUCAAACCUAAGAGCGCGCUUAUCACUGGCAUAACAAUCAAACCUAAGAGCGCGCUUAUCACUGGCAUAACAAUCAAAACCUAAGAGCGCGCUUUAUCAUAACAAUGGCAUAACAAUGGCAUAAAACCUAAGAGCGCGCUUAUUAUCACUGGCAUAACAAUCAAACCUAAGAGCGCGCUUAUCACUGGCAUAACAAUCAAACCUAAGAGCGCGCUUAUCACUGGCAUAACAAUCAAACCUAAGCGCGCUUAUCACUGGCAUAACAAUCAAAACCUAAGAGCGCGCUUAUCACUGGCAUAACAAUCAAAACCUAAAGCGUGCUUAUCACUGGCAUAACAAUCAAACCUAAGAGCUGCUUAUCACUGGCAUAACAAUCAAAACCUAAGAGCGGACUUAUCACUGGCAUAACAAUCAAAACUAAAAGCGCGCUUAUCACUGGCAUAACAAUCAAACCUAAGAGCGCGCUUAUCUGGCUGGCAUAACAAUCAAAGCUAAGAGCGCGCUUAUCACUGGCAUAACAAUCAAAACUAAGAGCGGACUUAUCUCUGGCAUAACAAUCAAACCUAAAAGAGUGCUUAUUACUGGCAUAACAAUCAAAGCUAAGAGCGCCCUUAUCACUGGCAUAACAAUCAAAGCUAAGAGCGCCGUUAUCACUGGCAUAACAAUCAAAACUAAGAGCGGGCUUAUCUCUGGCAUAACAAUAGAACUUAAAAGAGUGCUUAUCCCUGGCAUAACAAUCAAAGCUAAGAGCGCGCUUAUCACUGGCAUAACAAUCAAACCUAAGAGCGUGCUUAUCACUGGCAUAACAAUCAAAAGUAAGAGCGCGCUUAUCACUGGCAUAACAAUCACAACGAAAAGCGUGCUUAUCACCGGCGUAACAAUCAAACCUAAGAGCGCGCUUAUCACUGGCAUAACAAUCAAAACUAAGAGCGCGCUUAUCACUGGCAUAACAAUCAAACCUAAGAGCGCGCUUAUCACUGGCAUAACAAUCAAAACUAAGAGCGUGCUUAUCACUGGCAUAACAAUCAAACCUAAGAGCGCGCUUAUCACUGGCAUAACAAUCAAACCUAAGAGCGUGCUUAUCACUGGCGUAACAAUCAAAACUAAGAGCGCACUUAUCACUGGCAUAACAAUCAAAACUAAGAGCCUGCUUAUCACUGGCAUAACAAUCAAAACUAAGAGCGUGUUUAUCACCGGCAUAUUAAUCAAAACUAAGAGCGUUCUUAUCACUGGCGUAACAAUCAAAACUAAGAGCGCACUUAUUAUCACUGGCAUAACAAUCAAAACUAAGAGCGUGCUUAUCACUGGCAUAACAAUCAAAACUAAAAGCGUGCUUAUCACCGGCGUAACAAUCAAAACUAAGAGCGCACUUAUCACUGGCAUAACAAUCAAAACUAAGAGCGUGCUUAUCACCGGCGUAACAAUCAAAACUAAGAGCGCACUUAUCACUGCCAUAACAAUCAAAACUAAGAGCCUGCUUAUCACUGGCAUAACAAUCAAAACUAAGAGCGUGUUUAUCACCGGCAUAUCAAUCAAAAUGCUUAAAACUAAGUAGCAAUCAAAACUUAUCACUGGCAUAACAAUCAAAACUAAGAGCGUACUUAUCACUGACAUGACAAUCAAAACUAAGAGCGUUCUUAUCACCGGCGUAACAAUCAAAACUAAGAGCGCACUUAUCACAGCCAUAACAAUAAAAACUAACAGCGUGCUUAUCACUGGCAUAACAAUCAAAACUAAGAGCGUGCUUAUCACCGGCAUAACAAUCAAAACUAAGAGGGCGCUUAUCACUGGCGUAACAAUUAAAACUAAGAGCCUUCAUAUCUCGCGCGUAACAAUUAAAACUAAGAUCGCGUUGAUCACCUGCGUAACAAUGAAAACUAAGAGGGCACUUAUCACCGGCGUAACAAUCAAAACUAAGAGCGCGCUUAUCACCGGCGGAACAAUCAAAAAAGUUAAUCAUAACAAAAAAAAUUUGUGCUUAUCACUGGCUAUUUUAACAAUCAAAACAAAAUUAAAUUUUGUUUUGCUUAAUUAACAAAAAAAAAUAACAUUUUUUUAAAUCAAAACUAAGAGCGUGCGUUAUCACUGGCUUAGGCAACAAUCAAACUAAGAGCGCGUCUUAUCAAACUGGCAAUUAACAAUCAGGGCAGUUGAGCGCCAAUCACUGGAAUUUUGUUAACAAUGAAAACUAAUAUCGCCUUUAUCACUGGCGUAACAAUUAAAACUAAGAGCCUGCUUAUCUUGCGCCUAACAAUCAAAACUAAGAGCGCGCGUAUUACUGGCGUAAGAAUCAAAACUAAGUUUGCGCUUGAACGCACUUAACAAUCUGGCAUAACAAUCAAAACUAAGAGCGCCCUUAUCACUCGCGUUAUUUCUAAAACUAAGAGCGCGCUCAUCACUCGCGUACCAAUCAAAACUAAGAGCGUGCUUAUCACUGGCGUAACAAUUAAAAGUAAGAGCCUGCUUAUCUGGCGCGUAACAAUCAAAACUAAGAGCGCGCUUCUCACUGGCGUAACAAUUAAAACUGAGAUCGCGCUUAUGACUGGCAUAACAAUCAAAACUAAGUGCCCGCUUGUCACUGGUGUAACAAUCAAAGCUAACAGCGUCCUUAUCACGGGCGUAAGAAUUAAAACUAAGAGCGUGGAUAUCACCGGGGUAACAAUCAAAACUAAGAGCGCGCUUAUCACCGGCGUAACAAUCAAAACUGAGAGCGGGCUUUUUACUUCCAAAACAAGCAAAACUAAGUGCCUGCUUGUCACUGGCGUAACAAUCAAAGCUAAGAGCGUGCUUUUCACUGGCGUAACAAUCAAAACUAAGGGCGCGCUUAUCGCUUGCAUAACAAUCAAAACGAAGAUCGUGCUUAUCACUGCCGUAACAAUCAAAACUAAGAGCGCGCCUAUCACUGGCUUAACAAUCAAAGCUAAGAGGGCGCUUGUCACUGGCGUAACGAUCAAAACUAAGAGCGUGCUUAUCACUUGCAUAACAAUCAAAACUACGAGCGCGCUUUUCGCUGGCAUAACAAUCAAAACUAAAGGUGUUGUUACACGAGGCAAUUCGCAAGGACGAUUUUUAGCACAACACGGCGCUGCAACGUUGGAACAUUUUUGAGACCAUUCGAAACAACGUCGCAACAAUGUUGCAACGCUGUGUUGCGCUAAAAAUCGUCGUUACGAAUCGUCUCAUGUAACCUCACCUUAAGAACGCACUUAUUACUGGCAUAACAAUCAAAGCUAAGAGCGCGCUUAUCACUGGUAUAACAAUCAAAACCAAGAGCGUGUUUAUCACACGCGUAGCAAUCAGCGAGGUUAUCGUUGGCAUAACAAUCAAAUCUAAUAGGGUGCUUAUCACGGGCGUAACAAUUAAAACUAAGAUCGUGCUUAUCACUGGCAUAACAAUCAAAACUAAGGGCCCGCUUGUCACUGGCGUAAAAAUUAAACCUAAGAGCGCUCUUAUCACUGGCAUAACAAUCAAAACUAAGAACGCCCUUUUCACUGGCAUAACAAUUAAAACUGAGAGCGCGAUUAUCACUGGCAUAACAGUCUGAAGCUAACAGCGUUCUUAUGACUAGCAUAACAAUGAAAACUAAGACUGCGCUUAUCACUGGCAUAAGAAUCAAAACUAAGAGCGCGCUUGUUACAGGCGUAAACAAUCAAAACUAAGAGCGCGCUUAUGGUUGUUGUUGUUUUUUUUGUUUUAUAUAUAUUGCUACGGCAGUUGUAAGCGCAGUCUUUUCUUUCUGUAUUGACUAUUACGCUAACGAUAAGAGCAAUUUUUUUCGAUCGUUACCUCUGCGGUAAUUGCGCUCUUUGUUUUCUGUUUGGUUGUUGGUUACUUUUGGGCAAGACCCUCUUUGUUUUCUGGUUUGCUUGUUACUGUAGUGGCAAGAUCACUCUUUGUUUUCUGGUUUGCUUUUUACUCUAGUAGCAAGCUCGCUCUUUGUAUCUGGUUGGAUUGUUACUGUAGUGGCAAGCUCGCUCUUUGUUUUCUGGUUGGAUUUUUGCGUUUAGGCCACUGCUCGCAUAGGCGCUUGGCAUAGACGCAUCAUGUUGUUCUGGUUUGAAGACUACGUUAGUGGUCUACGCGUUCUGUUUUUUUCGGUGUUAGGAAUAUUUUGACUGGUUUGAAAUUUCAGCAGUGUUAAAUUGUCACCGUUGAUGACAAGCGCGCUCUUUAAAGUGUUCACUUAAGUGUUAAGUUGCUAAAGAGUGCUCACUAUAUUUUGUGGGUUUGUUUUGUGUCUUGCUUGAUAGAUACUUUUGGUAAAGAGUGUGCUCUUUGUUUAUCAGUCUUUGGCUUUGUUUGUUGUAGUUGUUGUUGUAGUUGUCAUUGUUACGUAAAUGACAACAAUUUUUUUGUUUUUGUGUUUUGCUACCGUAGAUGUGAGCAAUGGAAACUUAAAAGUAACUAAAUUGAAAAUUGAAAAAAAAGAGAUUAGGGCCAUUUAUAAGAGGAAAAAUAAGACGCGUCUUAAAUAAGACGCGAACUGUACCAUUUAUACGAGCAUGUCUUAUCUAAUAAGACGCGUCUUAGCUAAGACGCGUCUUAGCUAAGCCGCGUCUUAUUUUAGACGAAAUGUGCCGUUUAUACGGAAAGUUCGCGUCUUAUUUAAGACGCGUCUUAUUUUUCCUCGUAUAAAUGGCCCUAUUGUUCUUUUUGUGGGGGGGUAUUGUUGACUCGAGACGAGUGAAGGUGAAAAUUAGGGAAUCUUCGUUCGAUCAAAAGCAGCAAAGUUGUUUAAGUAUAACCCGAUGAUUAUAGAAAUUAACUAUAAUUUCUUUAACUGCUUUUAUUAUCAGCAGCACUGGGAAAGCUUGGUGGAGGCGCGAGUUUGUCAAGGAAUAUUUGCCAUUUGUCGUCAGUAACAGUUCGUUAUCAGAACUGGAAGCUCUCCUGGAAAAAUACAGAGUUUACAGGGUGAGGUUUUUUUUGCCUUGUAGUGUUGAUGUUAUUUCAAUAUCCCUACAGACAAUGGCAAGUACGAAAUACCGUCAUACAGAGAACUAUGCAUGCUGUGAUUGUUUUAAAAUGCAACAGUGACAUUCUUUUUACCUUUUUUUCUUUCAUUUCUUUGCUCUCGAAGGGCUAAAAUGAGCAAAACCAACUUUAACCUGCCGUAUUCAAGACAAUAAAAACAGCUUUUAUUUCGUAAAGGCUAGGGUACUAAAUUCAUGUAAGCCGUAUUUAUUCUGCUUUUGUUAGCGAAACUUCGCGCCGGAGGUAACGUGGGGCUUUCUUCAUCCACUCAUCCAAGACUUAAGAGAGGGACACAGACGCGUAGCACCGACCACUCUGAUCAAUGUCUUGCUCUUUACAGUAGUCACGUGUCUUGUUUUCAAGGCUUGGUGGAGGAAGACGGGUAAAACGUUUUGGUAAGACUUUUUCCUACUAACACAACUGUUUGCUUUGCAAGAAUACUCUUUCACGCAAACCCGACAUCAAAAUUUUAUCUUCCUUUUUUUUUUUUUUUUUUCCACGAGUAUCUUAUAAAAUCAGCGUAAGAUGAGGUCAACAGAGGCUUGGCUCAAGAUGGCGUUUAAAAUUAGCUCCGUCCCUUUUAAAGUUUUGGUCUAAGUUAUUCCCGUUUCAGGUUUGAUACAAGUUUUCCUUUGUUCAGUCAUUAUACCUACUUCACGAAAGCAGUGCUUAUACCCCUGCCUCCACGAAGCUAAUGUUUUUCGUUUUUGUUUUUACUUUAGCUCCUUUGCUUUGGUUAGAGCUCAGAACCAAAGUGAGCCGCCGGUGAAAGCCGCUGAUUUACCGAAACAAACAGAUAAGGAAAAUCACGUGACAAGAGUCGCAUGGACUUGUGGGAAAUGUCUUGAUUGCUCUAGUCUCGUGCAAAAAUUCCGUACGAUUCACAGAAGUAUACGAAAGAGAAUAGCACUUUGGUGUGAGGUUAUAAAUAGUAAAUUCCAAGAAAUUUUACAAAGAUGUAAAACACUGUGGAAGAACAAGUGGCCUUCAGGCAAGGUAUACGAUGGUUGA